GCUGUUUAAACAAAUAUUUAUUAUGUUCAAUUCGGAAUCUCUAUCGAUCUAUUAACUGCCAAAAUUUCAAUCGCUUGCUUCACUUGAUUACCAAGCUACAUCCUACAAAACUUAGCUACUCCACAACCCACAACCUACAAUGUCCAACAACAACCAGAAUGGUGGACUCCUCGGCGGUCUAGUCGGUGGAGUUGACAACGUCCUUACUGGGGGCGAGAAGGCCAACGGCCAAGGCGGUCUACUCGGAGGUCUCGGCGGUGCCGUCGGCAGCACAACGGAAGGACUCGGCAAGGGCCUGAACUCGACUACCAAGGGAGUUGGAAGCGCCGUGGGCCAGACUACUGAAGGUGUUGGCAACACUGUCGGCGGCGUGACAAACUCUGUCGGGAGCACCGUUGGCGGUGUCACCGGCGCGGGCGGAGCCGCUAAGAAGAAAAACGACGGUGCAUUUAAGAGCUACGGCAUUUAAUAAGGCGAGAGAGUUGGCGCAUAAUGGGAUAUGAUGAACGAAUACAUAUUUAAUGAACCUGAGACUUGGAAAUCGGAUUUUGACUUGAGAAAUGUCGGACGUUUAAUAAAACGAUAUAUCAAACCUCGAAUUUAAUUUAAAUGAUAUAAAUACUAUCUUGAAUAUAGCGAAGAUGCUCACAAUACUGGAUUGGCUUUUUGAAUAUGUAGGUUCUUGGUUAAAAACUUG